CAAUCUCUCCACGCAAAAAGCGACCUCAAAAACUAGUAUUUUAUUAAUCAUGGUGCAGCUGAAGAAGAAACUUUCCGGCAAAAUGAGACUCAAAUACACUCCUCCCUACGCCGGCGCCGGCGACAUGCCGGAACCGGAUAUGUUCGUCCUCACCUCCGCCGGUCAGCGAAUUCCGGCGCACUCUAAGAUUUUGGCAUCAGCAUCGGCGGUGCUGGAGAGCAUAAUCGAGAGGCCGGAGAAGCACCGGAGCACUGAACGGAAAAUCACAAUCUCCGGCGUACCGUACGACGCCGUCCAUGUCUUCCUCCGGUUUCUCUAUUUGAAUAAGUGCAGCGAUGAGCAUAUGGAGAGCUAUGGAAUCCACCUCUUAGCCUUGUCGCAUGUCUACUCUGUGCAGCAGCUGAAGCAGAUAUGCACAAGAGGUUUAGCUAAGCGAUUGAGCGUUGAAAACGUGGUUGAUGUGCUUCAGCUUGCAAGAUUGUGCAACGCGCCGGAUCUCUACCUCAAGUGUAUGAGAUUGGUUUCUGAUAAAUAUAAAGCUGUCGAGGAGACCGAGGCGUGGAGGUUCUUGCAAGAGCAUGAUCCCUAUCUCGAGCUCGAGAUUUUACAAUUCAUCGAUGAAACUGAAUCGAGGAAGAAGAAAACGAGGAGGCACAGGGAGGAGCAGAGCUUGUAUAUGCAACUGAGCGAAGCAAUGGAUUGUCUCGAGCAUAUAUGUUCGGAGGGAUGCACGAGCGUUGGCCCGUGUGACAUGGACCCGAACGAGCAUAAGGGCCCGUGCAGCAAGUUCUCAACCUGCCAAGGGAUUCAGCUUCUGAUCAAGCAUUUUGGUGCUUGCAAGAAGAGGGUUAAUGGAGGGUGUUCGCGUUGUUCCCGGAUGUGGCAGCUGUUCAAGCUGCACUCUUCGAUUUGUGAUCAACCGGACGAAUGCAGAGUCCCCCUCUGCAGACAUUUCAAGUUAAAGACACAACAAGACAGACGAGGGAACGACCCCCGGUGGAGGCUGCUUGUGAAGAAGGUGAUCUCAGCCCGAACCAUCUCUUCUCUCUCCCUACCAAAGAGGAAAAGAGAGGAUGAGCCCCGGAUUGUGUUGCAGCCUCACGGGUUGAGGAGGAGCAUCAGAGUGUAAAUCAGAAUCUCAAGAUGACAACAGCCAAGAAACAUGUGUGUUUCUUGGUUUACUUUGCCAUGUAAAUUUGUGGUUAAAGUUGAGUUUGUAAAAAAUUGGUGGUGAUGGUUGUGUGUUGUCACAUAGCAUCCUUUUGUUAGGCUUAGGGAAGGGGGAUCGUCGAGUUCGAUCCGUAGACUUCUCUGUUAUAAGAUAGGAGGUCGCACUAUUUAGAAAUCUCGUUCCCCUCUUUUUUUUUUGCGUGUUGGUUGGUAGCAAAGAAGUAGGAAAGGCCAACUAGUAGUAAUCUUGUUUUUGGUAGUGUAUGGAUUGGUUUGUCCAUAUAUCUUUGUUAAGUUAUGUAUUUUGCAUUUGCAAUUGGCUUCU